AUGAUCUUCUCGCCCCGCUCCCUGCUGCUCGCCCUCGUGGCUGCGCCGCUGGCCCUCGCGGCCCCUUCGCCCCUCGCCAAGCGCGCCGCGGUGCCGCCGACGAGCGACGCGCCCUUUUCCGUUUCGGCGGCGACGGCACAGAACGUCAUCAACUGCCCCAACGGCAUCCAGGGCAAGGCCGGAGGCAUCGUCUUCCUCGUCCACGGCACGGGCAGCACCGGUCCCGAGUCGUGGGGCAACGGGCCCUGGACGUCGCUGCUGCCCACCCUCGGACCGGGCUUUGACGUGUGCUACAUCACGCUGCCGGACCGCAGCCAGGGCGAUAUCCAGAUCUCUGCCGAGUACGUGGCGCGCGGCAUCCAGUACCUCGCUCCGCAGUCGUCGACGGGCAAGGUGGGCAUCGUGGCCCACAGCCAGGGCAACCUCAACGUCGAGUGGGCCCUCACCUUCUGGCCCGUCGCGGCGCGCAGCGUCACGGCCGAGUACAUUGCCCUCGCCGCCGACUUCAAGGGCACCCUCGACGGCAUCCUCUACUGCAGCAGCGCCAAGAUCACCCAGGGCGGGUGCCCCGCCGCCGAGUGGCAGCAGUCGACGGGCAGCCACUUUGUCAACACCCUCUCCAAGGCCACGGCGGGCAGCGCCGUCGUCCCCACCGCCUCCAUCUACACCCUCACCGACCAGGUCGUCACGCCCGAGACGGGCUCCGGCGCCACGUCGGUCAUCAACAACGCCAGCCUCUACCCGCUCCAGGCCAGCGACAUCUGCGGCGCCUUCCACUACGCCGACCACGCCAGCAUGCUCGUCGACUCGGCCGCCUUCGAGAUCGGAUACAAGUCCCUCGCCGUCGGCGCGCCCAUCUCGCGCGCCGCCAUCGACAAGCGCUCCUGCUACAGCUACCCCUACGGCUCCGGACUGAGCAACGACACCUUCUCGAGCGUCGCAGACGCCUUCCAGGCCGGCCUCAACACCAUCACCUCGUUCCCCACCGCCGACGUCGUCCCCGCCGAGCCCCCGCUCAUGAGCUACGCAAAGCCCUACGCCGCCUAG